AUGCUGGGAGAGCCAAGGGAGAGACAGACGGGGAGUUCAAGCCUUCGGGGUAGCUGCAGCCAUGGAUCCCCUUUCGGUAAGAGACCCUUGCUGCCCUCCCCUCCCCAUCCUGAUCCCACGACUCACUGCCCAUGGGGAUUCAGGGACAGCCUAGCUGCUGGACAAGUAGUAGAUACCACCAUGUGGAUGGGAGACCCCCAUCGCCCUGAUCCUGGGCCCAAAGAAAAGAGCACUGAGGACCAGACGGUGCCUGGAGAAGAAGUGCCUUCCGGGCAGAGGCGAAGAGAGUGGUUGAUGGAGGGGAGCACAUUAGCGGCCUGUGUGGAGCCCGGCUUAGAGACCCUCCGCGUGGGCUUCAGAGAUGAAGUCUACAGUCUGGGAACUAGAUUCUUGCCGGGUUCUGUGUGCUUGGGUAGGGGUAGAGGCCAGAAGGUAGGUGAGGAAAGCCUCCAAACUAAGGAGCUUGGGAACUCAGAGCACUGUCCUCUCCCCUCUGCCAUCCAGCCACAGCCCAGCUGGACUGAGAUUGUGAACAAAAAGCUCAAGUUCCCACCCACGCUCCUGGGUGCCAUCCAGGAGGGGCAGCUGGGUCUCGUGCAGCAGCUGCUGGAGGCCGGCGCCGACACCUCCGGUGCUGGGCCAGGCGGGCCUCUGCGGAAUGUGGAGGAGUCCGAGGACCGCUCCUGGAGGGAAGCCCUCAACCUGGCCAUCCGCCUGGGCCACGAGGCCAUCACCGAUGUGCUGCUCGCCAACAUCAAGUUUGACUUCCGGCAGGUCCACGAAGCCCUGCUAGUGGCAGUGGACACAAACCAGCCAGCGGUGGUGCGUCGCCUACUAGCUCGGCUGGACCGGGAGAAGGGCCGAAAAGUAGACACCAAGUCUUUCUCACUAGCUUUCUUUGACUCGUCGAUCGACGGCUCCCGCUUUGCGCCUGGUGUGACCCCACUCACACUGGCCUGCCAGAAGGACCUGUAUGAGAUUGCCCAGCUGCUCAUGGACCAGGGCCACACUAUCGCUCGGCCCCACCCGGUUUCCUGCGCCUGUCUUGAGUGCAGCAACGCCCGCCGAUAUGACCUGUUAAAGUUCUCAUUAUCCCGAAUCAACACCUACCGUGGCAUUGCAAGCCGGGCUCACCUCUCACUGGCCAGUGAGGAUGCCAUGCUGGCUGCCUUUCAGCUCAGCCGGGAGCUCAAGCGCCUUGCACGAAAGGAGCCUGAGUUUAAGCCUCAGUACAUUGGCCUGGAGUCGCUCUGCCAGGACUAUGGCUUUGAACUGCUGGGCAUGUGCCGGAAUCAGAGCGAGGUCACUGCGGUGCUCAAUGACCUGGGUGAGGACAGCGAGACUGAGCCUGAGGCUGAGGGCCUGGGCCAGGCCUUUGAGGAAGGCAUCCCCAACCUGGCAAGAUUGCGGUUGGCUGUCAACUAUAACCAGAAACAGUUUGUAGCGCAUCCCAUCUGCCAGCAAGUUCUGUCUUCCAUCUGGUGUGGGAACCUGGCUGGCUGGCGUGGAAGCACCACCAUCUGGAAGCUCUUCGUUGCCUUUCUCAUCUUUCUCACCAUGCCCUUCCUCUGCAUUGGCUACUGGCUGGCGCCCAAGUCCCGGCUGGGCCGCCUGCUGAAGGUCCCAGUGUUGAAGUUCCUGCUGCACUCUGCCUCCUAUCUGUGGUUUCUCAUAUUCUUGCUGGGAGAGUCCCUGGUCAUGGAGACUCAGCUGAGCACCUUCAAAGGCCGCAGCCAGAGUGUCUGGGAGACUUCACUACACAUGAUUUGGGUCACGGGCUUCCUGUGGUUUGAGUGUAAGGAGGUGUGGAUCGAGGGCUUGCGCAGUUACCUCCUGGACUGGUGGAAUUUCCUGGAUGUGGUCAUCCUGUCACUGUACUUGGCAUCCUUUGCACUGCGCCUCCUGCUGGCUGGGCUGGCCUACAUGCACUGCCAGGAAGCCUCCGACAGCGCCACCUGCCACUACUUCACCGCUGCUGAGCGGAGUGAGUGGCGUACAGAGGACCCCCAGUUCCUGGCCGAGGUGCUCUUCGCCGUCACCAGCAUGCUGAGCUUCACCCGGCUGGCAUAUAUCCUGCCAGCCCACGAGUCACUGGGCACUCUGCAGAUCUCCAUUGGCAGGAUGAUCGACGACAUGAUCAGGUUCAUGUUCAUCCUCAUGAUCAUCCUGACUGCCUUUCUCUGUGGCCUCAACAACAUUUAUGUGCCGUACCAGGAGACGGAGCAGCUGGGCAAUUUCAACGAGACGUUCCAGUUUCUAUUCUGGACCAUGUUCGGCAUGGAGGAACACAAAGUGGUGGACAUGCCUCAGUUCCUGGUGCCUGAGUUCGUGGGCCGGGCCCUGUACGGCAUCUUUACCAUCGUCAUGGUCAUUGUGUUGCUCAACAUGCUCAUUGCCAUGAUCACCAACUCCUUCCAGAAGAUUGAGGAUGACGCUGACGUGGAGUGGAAGUUUGCUCGCUCCAAACUCUACCUGUCCUACUUCCGAGAGGGCUUGACGCUGCCCGUGCCCUUCAACAUCCUGCCCUCCCCGAAGGCUGCCUUCUACCUCGUCAGGAGAAUUUUCUGGUUCAUUUGCUGUUGUUCCUCCUGCUGCAAAGCCAAGAAGUCGGACUACCCCGCCAUCCCUACCUUUACCAACCCUGGGGCACGAGAAGGGCCUGGAGAAGGGGAGCGCGGGUCCUACCGCCUUCGCGUCAUCAAGGCCCUGGUGCAGCGCUACAUUGAGACUGCCAGGCGGGAGUUCGAGGAGACCCGCAGAAAAGACUUGGGCACCAGACUGACAGAGCUCACCAAGACUGUGUCUCGACUGCAAAGCGAGGUGGUCAGUGUGCAGAAGACUCUGGCAGCAGGUAGAGCACCACGGCCUCCCGAUGGCGCCAGCAUCCUCAGUCGCUACAUCACCCGCGUGCGCAACAGCUUCCAGAAUCUGGGUCCCCCCACCCCUGAGACUCCAGCAGAGCUGACCAUGCCAGGGAUUGUGGAAACUGAGGUCUCUUUAGGAGCUGGCCUUAAUGCUAUAGGAGAGGCGGAGACUCCAGCAUCAGGAGAGUCCAGCCACACCUCCCCUGCUCACGUGUUGGUACACAGGGAACAAGAAGCAGAGGAGGCAGGGGACCUGCCCCUGGAGGAAGGUCUGGAGACCAAGGGCAAGUCCUAAUACAACAGCAGGGUCUCUUCUGUCACCGAAUGCAGCAGCCUUGCUGGGUAAGCAUGGGUCUUGUAACAGAAGACCAUGGUGUUUCUUUGCCUUGGUAAACUUUCUGCUGUGCAAGUCAGGUAACAGUGGCCAUCUCUUGAUGUCCUAAGAUCUUUCUUUUCCUUUCCCUAAAAUGGACCCUAUGUGAGCAGGGCAGAGAGAAACAGCUUGCUUUGGGAGCUGGGGUUUAGAAUCCUACUUUGGAAUUCCUUAGGUAUUUAGUGAAAAGAGUUCUGGCCUAGGAGGCUGGAGGCCUGGGAGAUGAGAGACAAGGGAAACAGGAGACCUGAGUGUUGGGGGGACUGAGAGUGGGCCGGGGCUGGGAGUGGGG